CCCCCAGGGCUUCAGGACAUGGAUGGGUCCCAUCCUCCCCAUCAUCACUCUGUGUCACCCUGACAUCAUUCGAUCUGUCCUCAAUGCCUCAGUUGUCAGGAUGAAGCCCAGGCAAGGCUCAGCACAGAGGAUGAGAGAGUGCUGGACAGAAUUCUCAGGGCUCAUUCUGGCCCCCUGUCUUGGUAAUUUUUUACUUGGAAAGCCUAGAGAAGGUGGGACCCCUUUCUUUUCAUCUCCAUUCAGAGCUAAGAGGAAGGUGUCCUGUGCACCCAUGGCAUGGUGUGCACCACUGGGGGUGGGUGGAGACCUGGCGGGUGGUUAUCUACAUCUUCCACCAAACCUCAAGAGGCUCCUGUUUUCUGAUCCAGGUGGACUUUGGACUAGACUGUUUGCCCACUGCUAAGAUCUCUGUGCUCCCUCCAGUGGGUGCACAUGACCGGAGUGCAGGCAGAUGGGCUCUGGCGAUUCCCCUGCCUCUGCCUCACCUGUAUUUCAGUGUGAAACUUGACUGAUGUGGCCAUCUCCAGAUUACGCCUGGUGGAGCAGCUCUUUUUGUUGUUAUUGUUAGCACAAUUUAAAUGAGGGAAAGGUUGAUUUUGAUUUGUGGGUCAGAGUCCAUCAUGAUAAAAGAGAGAUAGACACAUAACCAUGGAGGGAAGGAGGGAGGAAAUGGGGGAGGAGGGAACGCAAUUCAAUAUAUUUCAAAGGGAUGACUCCAAUGACCUUUCUCCAGUUAAGCCCUGCUUCCGAAGAUUUCUAGAAUCUCCCAAAAUAGAGGCAGCAUCUGAGGACUAAAUCUUUCAAAAUACAAGCUGGUUGGGGUGUUUCAUACUGUCCCAGGUAUGAACCAAGUGUAAUCAUGAAUAUGGCCCUAUCUGGGGCUCACACAGAGCUAUGGACACUUGGAGCACAUUUGUUUCUUGCCUGAGCAGUUGUUUGAAAUUACCUUUUUUUUCCCUGUUGAAAACACCAAGGUGUUUGGGAGGUUAUUUGGCGUUCGUCACCUAGAGUCCCACUGAAAUAGAAAUAUGGCUGAGAUUUCUUGUUUGAGGCAGGUCUGAUGUCUGAUUGUACCACACUGAUGCCAUAUCUAUGAAACUGCUGUGACUAUUUUAAAAUCUUGUCUGGGGCCUGCCUAUGGAGCAUACUGAGAUGUAUCAGACCAUCUCUGUCCAUUUUACAGCAGAUGGUGUCAUUUGGGGCAGGUCAUGUGUAUUUCAGCUAUGUUAGCCCAUAUUACCCCAUAUAUGUCCACGACUAUGUCAGGAGAUGGUACAGCAUGCUGGGGUGGACAGCUAUGCUAGGUCUGUAGAAUGUUGUGCUGCUCUUGAAGGGCAGACUUGGUAGACUAUGUUGAAGCCAAGUGAAGGGAUGGUGAGUUGAGUUGAUGCUGUCUUAUCUUGUAUCCUGUUUCCUCCAUCUCCUCUCUGCUUCCUAUGUCCAUUUCUCUAACCCUGUCAUUCUGGGCUUGGGGCAGACUUGCACAUACCUCGCUGAGGCCCCCACACUCUGCAAGUUCAUUUCCUAGUCUCUCCAUGGCUCCUGAUCAUCCUUGUUCAUAUCAGUUGCGGUUGCCCUAAAGGAAGUAAUCUUCUACACUUUCCUGAAACCCUGGCUGGGGGACGGGCUCCUGCUGAGUGCUGGUGACAAGUGGAACCGCCACCGCCGCAUGCUGACGCCCGCCUUCCAUUUCAACAUCCUGAAGCCGUAUGUGAAGAUUUUCAAUGACAGCACCAACAUCAUGCACGCCAAAUGGCAGCGCCUGGCCUCAGGGGGCAGCGCCCGUCUGGACAUGUUUGAGAACAUCAGCCUGAUGACCUUGGACAGUCUGCAGAAAUGUGUCUUCAGCUUCGAUAGCAACUGCCAGGAGAAGCCCAGUGAGUAUAUUUCUGCCAUCUUGGAACUCAGUGCUUUAGUGUCCAAACGGUACCAGCAGCUGCUUCUGCACAUAGACUCACUUUAUCAGCUCACCCCUAACGGGAUGCGCUUCCAUAAGGCCUGCCGCCUGGUGCAUGACUUCACAGAUGCCAUCAUCCAGGAUCGACGACGUACUCUCCCCAGUAAGGAUAUUGAUGAUGUCCUCAAGGCUAAGGCCAAGUCCAAGACUUUGGACUUCAUUGAUGUGCUGCUGCUGACCAAGGAUGAAGAUGGAAAGGGGCUGUCAGAUGAGGACAUCAGAGCAGAGGCUGACACCUUCAUGUUUGAGGGCCAUGACACCACAGCCAGUGCGCUCUCCUGGACCCUGUACAACCUGGCGAGGCACCCAGAGUACCAGGAGCGCUGCCGGCAGGAGGUGCGGGAGCUGCUGAGGGGCCGAGAGUCUCCAGAGAUUAAGUGGGACGACCUGGCCCAGCUGCCCUUCCUGACCAUGUGCAUCAAGGAGAGUCUGCGGCUGCAUCCUCCGGUCACGGUGAUCUCCCGCCGCUGCACCCAGGACAUUUCCCUUCCAGAUGGCCGGGCCAUCCCUAAAGGUGUCGUCUGCAUCAUCAAUAUUUUCGCGACCCAUCACAACCCAACUGUGUGGCCUGACCCCGAGGUCUAUGACCCCUUCCGCUUUGACCCAGAGAACAUCAAGGACAGAUCACCUCUGGCUUUUAUUCCCUUCUCCGCUGGGCCCAGGAACUGCAUAGGACAGACUUUCGCCAUGAACGAGAUGAAGGUGGCGCUGGCGCUCACCCUGCUGCGCUUCCGCGUCCUGCCGGACGACAAGGAGCCGCGCCGGAAGCCGGAGCUGAUCCUGCGCGCAGAGGGCGGGCUGUGGCUGCGGGUGGAGCCGCUGAGCGCACAGUGACCCCUGCGCUUGGGCGGACCAUCGUACCCAUCCACCUACCUCUGCAGAUCCCAGAAUAAACAGAGCUGUGCGGAAGGCUCGCCGAAUACCAGCCGGGGGCGCUGGAGGACAAUGGGGAAUCAGCAGUUGGGGUUUGCGAACGAGUCGGGGCUGAAGUCCUUGGGCGAAGAUCCUCGACUUCCUCUAACUGUUCACAGGCCCCUGCAUUGUCCCCCAGCCUAGCAGGCCUUAAUUCUCCUGGACAAUAGAGAGCUAAGGGGAAGUGUCUGGGGCGGGACGGAGGCCAGGCUGGAGCUCAGGAGACAUUUUAAAUUGAGGUACAUUCCCAUUGCCUUGAUCUCCGUUCUAAUCUCAAAAUUUUACUCAUUUUGGGAUUCUUCAGUGUUUCUGUGAAAACUAAAUUUCUAGGUUUAUUAAACCUAAGAAGCCAGGCAUU